GUAUUUCAAACUGAGGCAGAUCCAGAUGGACAAAAGAAACUACUUUCAAAAUGUGACAGUAUGCUGUUUAAAUCUGUGGAACCAAACUUUUGUUCUAAAAUGAAAGCAACGUCUCUUAGAAAUCCUUCAUCACGGUAUGAGAUGUGAGCAGUCUUUUCAAAGAGUGUUUCAUUUGAGUAAUCUUUUGAUUCUGCAGCUAUUAAGACAUCUGGUGUUUCAGAGUCCAAGCAUUGAUCAGAGAAAAUGUUCACCGUACAAAGCAGUCAGUACAUCUCAUAACACCGGAUCUGAGCCGUACGUCUGGAUGGAAUACAGAAACACAACAUUGUUUUAAACUCUGCUGAAGGCAAUGAAAAUUCAGUACAGUUUAUUAUACCUGGUGAUGGAAGUCAGCAGUAUUUGAACCCUGCAGCUGAUUAUCAGGCCAAAACUGACAACUUACCUCCACACUGUAGGCUGACAGAGUGCUUCCAGCCAUUUUCCUCAGGCUGCUGUCCUGGACUGAAGAGUCUUCUCCAGUUUAAAUGUCUACAAACAGACACCGGUAACAUGGCCUCAGCACAUGAUAGAGCUGUACUUCAAGCUAUAUUCAACCCCACCACUCCCUUUGGAGACAUCCCUGGCCUGAACCAAGAGGAGGAAUUAAUUGAUGAUGACACUGGCUUUGACACAGAGUUGCUGAAGCAAGUGAAAGAGUUGGAGAUGCAGGGUGUCACGGCAGCAGAGGCUGGGGAUUUGCAAGCUGCACUUCAACUGUUCAGCCAGGCAAUCCAGAUCUUGCCUCGGAGAGCCUCAGCCUAUAACAACCGGGCUCAGGCCCUGCGGCUGCAGGGGAACACAGCAGGGGCGCUGGAGGACCUGAACCAGGCCAUCUCUCUGAGCAGCACCGCUGGACGAACUGCCUGCCAGGCGCUGGUGCAAAGAGGCCUUUUACGGAGAUUAACGUGCCAGAAUGAUGAAGCCAGAGCAGAUUUUGAGAAAGCAGCUGCACUUGGAAGUGAAUUUGCUCGACAGCAAGCCGUGGCUCUUAAUCCGUACUCUGCCCUGUGCAACAAAAUGCUGUCAGAGGUCAUCAACAAACUACGCAACCCUGAAGUGUCUGAGAUGCAGUAGUUAAUGAAGGCAGUUUGUACUUUAAACCUUUUCUCUGUGAGAUCAAUAAAGCAACUUUUUUUUAGAUUU